CUUGUCUUCCGUCUCGCAAUUCCUAUGGCCUGGGCCUCAUGUCACCCGAGUGUUCUCUGCUCCUAAAAGAUGUCACUCCCAGGAAGCAGGAGGGGUGUUUUUUUUCCUUUUCUAGAGAGGCGAGGCUCUGGCCGUUCCCCUUGGGGCAGCCUGUGGGGCUUCAGCAGUCCGGCCUCACCCCGGUAGGGCUGAGCAUGACCCCCGAGUGGGGGAAGGAAGGCUGUUGCCAUGGAGGCCUGUGUGAGGCAAAUUCCUCCAGGGUGAAGUGGGAGAUAUUUAUACCCAGGGUCAGGCAGAGAGCGGGCGGCUGCGGAGGGCAGGGGAGCCGCGCUGGUCGGACACAGCAAGGCCGCGGUGGUGAGCGGGCAGGAGAAUGGCACUCCUCAGCCACGUCUUGGUUCUCUGUGUGGGUCUGGUCACCGUGGCCAACUCAGAAGCUCCACCGGAACACGACCCGUUCACCUAUGACUACAACUCCCUGCGAAUCGGAGGCCUCACUAUCGCGGGAGUCCUCUUCAUCCUGGGCAUCCUCAUCGUGCUGAGUGCGUAAACU